AUGGGCUUCUGCAUUGUAGAUGGCAUGCCUGCCACACCCGAAGCCACACAAGCCCUCCUGGACACCAUUGGACCAAUCCGGAAUACGCAUUACGGCGGAUUCUACGACUUUACGGCCGACUUGACCAUGAAAGACACGGCAUAUACUUCUGAAUAUCUGGAACCACAUACUGACAACACCUAUUUCACUGAGCCAGCAGGAAUCCAAGCGUUGCACAUGCUGUCUCAUACGGAAGGCACUGGCGGCGAGAGCUCCCUAGUGGAUGGCUUUGGGGCAGCUGUGCAGCUAUUCGUGGAAGAUCGCGACGCAUACACCACAUUGAGCACAAUUGGGGUGUACGCUCACGCCAGUGGUAACGAGGGCAUUUCGAUCCAACCCAGCUCAGCGUUCCCGGUCCUCAACCACGACCGGGAAGCCGGUCAUCUCACAGCUGUACGGUGGAACAAUGCCGAUCGAGCCGGUAUCGCAGCAGACUUCGCUGGAAUCGAGAAAUGGUACGAAGCCGCUGCAAAAUUCAACAAACUUCUAAAUGCGCCUGAAAACGUCUACUGGUUCAAGCUGAGGCCUGGUCAAACAUUACUUUUUGACAACUGGCGAGUCUUGCAUGGUCGCAACUCUUUCACUGGCAAACGGAGGAUGUGUGGUGGGUACAUCAACCGCGAUGACUUUAUCAGCAAAUAUCGAAUGACCAGCAUGAGUCCGGAGGACAUCAGUUUCAGCACAGUGAGCGGAUAG